CCGGAAAUGGAGCCCGUUUAAUGCCCUACAUUCCUCUCCAGGUCUCAGUCACAAUUCUGUGCGCUGUCCUUGCAGAAUAUUAAUGUUUAACGAUGGUGCUGAUAUCGCGUUGGACUGUGUCUAACAUUUUUAGACACCCGGAAGCUCGUCGGCUCGAAUAAAGCGACGUUUUACGGAGGGACUUUUCUAUAAAAAAGAGAAAACAAUGAGGCCUAAUAGGAGAGAUGAGGAACAAGUGUCAAGCUGAGGAAUUCCACAUAAACAGCAGGCAUGUCCUCACAAAUGCAGGCGUUUUCCUCUCCCUCCGUGUCCUCCAGUGGCCUUUCCCGCUCCAAGAAACUGAAGUUGGAAAACCAUGCAUGGAACGUGAGCAGCCAAUCAGGUGAGAACAGCUACUACCAGCACAGCCCGAACCAGCCAAAUGGCUCCUCCCCCUCCACAUCUGGAUUCAACUCCAAUUAUAACUCCUCCAACCUGGUCUUUCCUCCUUCUGGAGGCUCGCGGGAACAGACAGUGGUACGUGCCGCAGACAGCACCGGCAGCGUCCCGGAGCCUUCAUCAUCCUCCUCGUCGUCAUCUACAUCCAGUCAGCGUGGAAAAGAUGCGGGCUCCUCCUCUCUGACAUGUGAGGGAUAUCAGAAACAGGGCAGUUUGAAGCGGAAGAGCGAGGAGGUGGACAGCAGUGACAGCGUGCAGAUUUUGGAGGAGCUCUCGGCUCCUGUGCUCCCCAACCGUGUGGCUGGAGGUGGAGGCAAUGCCACGGCUCAGUCCAUCGCUCAUUCCACGUCCACCACCAAGAGCAGCAACUCCCACAGUGAGGGCGACUACCAGCUGGUGCAGCAUGAGAUCCUCUGCUCUGUCUCCAACAGCUACGAGGUACUGGAGUUCCUCGGCCGGGGAACAUUCGGACAGGUCGCCAAAUGCUGGAAGCGUGGAACUAAUGAGAUUGUGGCCAUUAAGAUUCUCAAGAAUCAUCCGUCCUAUGCCCGCCAGGGCCAAAUAGAGGUGAGCAUCCUCAGCCGUCUGAGCACAGAGAAUGCAGAUGAGUUCAACUUUGUGCGCUCUUACGAGUGCUUCCAGCACAAGAACCACACAUGUCUGGUGUUUGAGAUGCUGGAGCAGAACCUCUACGACUUCCUCAAGCACAGCAAGUUCAGCCCACUGCUCCUCAAGUGUAUCCGGCCCGUCCUGCAGCAGGUUGCCACGGCGCUGAUGAAGCUGAAGAGUCUGGGUCUCAUCCAUGCUGAUCUGAAGCCUGAGAACAUCAUGCUGGUGGACCCCAUCAGACAGCCCUACAGAGUCAAAGUCAUCGACUUCGGUUCAGCGAGUCAUGUCUCGAAAGCGGUGUGCUCAACCUACCUGCAGUCUAGAUACUACCGAGCUCCUGAGAUCAUUCUGGGCCUUCCGUUCUGUGAGGCCAUUGACAUGUGGUCUCUGGGUUGUGUCAUUGCUGAACUGUUUCUGGGCUGGCCUUUGUAUCCAGGAGCUUCAGAAUAUGAUCAGAUUCGGUACAUUUCCCAGACUCAAGGUUUGCCAGCGGAGUAUCUCCUGAGCGCCGGCACUAAAACCAGCCGUUUCUUCCACAGAGGCCCAGACUCCAGUUACCCUCUCUGGAGACUCAAGACACCCGCAGAGCACGAGGCAGAGUUUGGGAUAAAGUCCAAAGAGGCUCGAAAAUACAUUUUCAACUGCCUGGACGACAUGAUGCAGGUCAACAUGACUAACCUAGAGGGCACAGACAUCUUGGCAGAGAAAGCUGAUCGGAGGGAGUUCAUUGACCUGCUGAAGAAAAUGCUAACUCUAGACGCAGACAAGCGGAUCACGCCCACCAAGACCCUCAACCACCCGUUUGUGACGAUGGCUCACCUGCUUCACUUCCCACAUAGCUCACAUGUGAAGUCCUGCUUCCAAAACAUGGAGAUUUGCAAGCGCAGGUGUACCGCCUUCGACAACAACAAGAACCUGUUCGCCAGCCACAACACCCCCAGUGCAGCUGCUAAUCUCACCGUUACCUUCAGCAGUCAACUCAAUCAGCACAGUCAGGUGUGUGCAACGGGGGGCCAGUCCCUGUCUCUUAGCAGCAACGUCCCUUUACUGAACUACCAGCCUGGUCUGUACCAGCAGGCCACUAUAAAUAUACCAGGCUUGGCUCAGCAGAGUGUGCCAUUGCAGGCUCGCCCUACUCAGCUGUGUGCCCAGACAGAGCCCUUCCAGCAAACCCUCAUUGUGUGCCCUCCUACCAUCCAGGGGCUGCAGACCUCCAAUAAACAUGGUGGAUAUCCAGUGAGAAUGGACAACUCUGUACCCAUAGUGCCCCAGAACCAAUCCACCCAGCCCCUACACAUUCAGCCCAGCAUGCUUACACAGUUCCUCCACACCUCCCUUUAUCCCUUCCCCAACCAGAGCAGCAGCACGCCGCUGACCGUGGCCUCCCUGCGCCUACCAGUGGCGGGAAUGACGCCGCUGGCCUUGGGCUCUCGGCGUCUGGAGCAGAGUGCUGCCAUGCUGCAGGGCUGGCCAGCAGGGACGCAGCAGAUCCUCAUUCCCUCUUCAUGGCAGCAGAUGUCAGGCAUGACCAUGCACAAUCCCAGCCAGCCUGUGCUGUCCGAUUCACCCAUGGGCUCUCUGCUCUCGGAUAACACCGCCCAGCAGAACAGUAGCUGGAGGGGUCGACAUGGAGGUCAGUGCGAUGGGACGCAGCAGGGCUCUGCGCAGGGGCGUAACGUGAGCGCACAGCCCUCCCACGCAGGGACAGCCAGCAGUCGUACACAGCAGAGUGGAGUGAAGAGGUCAAAGGGUCGACAUGCAGAGAGCAAAGCCCGACCCACAUCCUCCCAGCAGCCGGUUUCUUCAGUAGCACACAGCUGUGGUGAUGCGUCCCAGCCCAUCAUCAUCUCUGAUACGCCCAGCCCCGCCGUCAGCAUCAUCACCAUCCACAGCGACACUGAGGACGAGGACGACAGGAAGUUUCCUCCUGAAAGCUGUAGUGUGAACCAGCGUACAAACGUCAUCAGCUGUGUGACCGUCCAUGACUCCCAGGACUCAGACUCCUCCACCAGCACUCCUCUCAGCCCCAAAUGCCUUCCCAACUUUACUGAGAACAACACACACUCCAAGUCUCUCGCUGUGGUCACGCCGUCAGUGAAAACGCAGCUCUGGGAUGUAGCGUCAGGAGAGCAAAGUACUAAUACUUCUGGAAAAUCAAAGAAAGGAACGGCCGCACAGUCCAGCGACAGGCAUCAGAGAGCGGCAUCGAACAGAUCUCAGCCUCUCAACCUAAGCCAGGCGCAGCAAUCAAUAAUGUCAUCCCACGACCGUACAGGGGGCGGAUCCCUGAGACGCCAGCCCACCUACCCUCCUACAGGCCCCUCCCACUCCUACAGGCUUCAUGAAGCGUCUCUCUUCGGCUCUGCCUCCAGUCUGUACGCAUAUCCUGCAUCUGCAGCCCUGGCCUCUGUGUCGCAGGCCGUGGACCAGCUGCACAAUUCGGCCGCUUCCUCCUGUUCCUCUUCCUCCGGCCGGCACACGCGCACCGCCGGCCCGUACUCGGCCUCUCUGAGCCUCCUGCAGAAGAACAGUGCCAUGGGCGUCAUGUGUCAGGCUUCCGCUCCAUAUCAGCAACAGCAGCUGUCCACACCGUCCUACCAGCGGUCUGCGGCAUUUCCCCUCAGCCAGAGGAAACUCAACCAGUACCCGUACCUGUGAGGAGCAGCUGUCUGAACGUGUCCUUAGGUAUAUGGAAAAUGCCAGGAUUGUGUCAUGGAUGUUCACGUGGACAUGACAUUCUAGCAUCUUUUAGCUUAUUUUAGUGUUUUAUUUGCUUUAAAGCAUUUCAGUGGAGCAUUUUGGAUCAUUUCAAACCAUGUCAUAAACACAAAACUUUGAGCUGUUUUUUUAACAGUUUCUUAAAAUAUCACCUGCAGAGAAGCCUCAGGAUGUCUAGAAAAA